UUGCAGGGAUAGGACACUGUCUUAAAAAUGUCAAAACAGCCAGCGUCACAUGUCAAAGCCAUUCAGGCUAAUAUUAACAUCCCCAUGGGAGCUUUUAGACCUGGUGCAGGACACCCUCAUAAAAGAAAAGAAGUAACACCUGAAGAAGUGGAGGAGAGUGUACCUGCUACAGAAGAGGAGAAAGACAAGAAGCAUCUCCCAGGAGCUGUAAAACUUCCAGGUCCUGCUGUCAACUUGUCAGAGAUUCAGAACAUAAAGAGUGAGCUGAAAUUUGUCCCCAAAGCUGAGCAGUAAUUGGAAGAAGCAGGUCGAAUAACCCAAAUCCUCUCAGCAUGUCUUCAUAGAAGAGGUGUUCCAGUCCUCUGAUCAUAUCUCUGGAUGCACUCACUCCCCAGGGCUGAACAUAGUACUGCAGGUGGAGUCUCAUGGAAGUGGAGCAGAGGGGGAGAAUCACCUUCUUUGCCCUGCUAGCUAUACUUCUAUUGGUAAGGUUUGCUCUCUGGUCUUCAGGCAUACAUUGCCAUUUCGUGUUGAACAUUUUGUCCAUCUGUAACCCCAUGUACAGCUCUGCAGUGUUACUCUUUCACUUAUUGCCCAGGCUGUAUUCCUAUUUGGGAUUACCCCAACCUUGCACAUUAACACAGAUUUCGGAAUCAUUUGCACCUGAUUUCAAACAAAGCCAAUAAAUCUCUGUUCUACGUUCUGAGCCAUAGAAAAAAAAAAAAAAAAGAAGAAAAGAAAAGAAAAGGUCAUUUCCAUCCCUGAAGUUAUCAUCUAAUUUUCUUUGACAAGCCUUAGUCAAUAAAGAUAUAUCAGGCAGUUAUGAUGAAUGUUCCGCUUUGCAGAGGAGUUUAAAUCAAAAAUAACUGAAGACGGUAAGAUACUCGUGUCAGAUUGUAGUCAUCUGAAUUGCCAGCUGUGGCUAUUGACACAAGUCCUUUUUAUCAUUAAGAGAAACAGAAGAGCUAAGCUGAGUAAAAGAACAUCGUCUGGAAUUUACUGCACAUAAACAUUAAAACAAAACAAAACAAAAAGCAAUGCAGAAAGAUUUUGUGAACACAGAAGUGCUACGGUCCAGUGAUCUUAAAGGAAAUGGCUUAUAAUCUGAGUGAAUUGUCUCAACAUGCUCUGCAGCAUUAAUAUAUUUUUUUAAUGUACACUAUAAA